ACUGGUGUAGAAAAAGCUGUUUACCAGACACUUGAGAAUAUUGACGCACUGUUUGAGAGCUCCAGUGAUCCACACCAGUGGGAUGAAGAAAAGUGGAAUGAUUUUCGAGGCCUGGUAUACCGGCAGAUUGUGGAAAGCAAAUGCAUCAUGAACAAGUCUGAAGCGGCACAGGAUUUUCCCAGCAGAGAAGCUUCACUCAAGGUUUACUUCGAGGCUAUAUCCUCAACUCUGAAAGAAAAGGAUUUCAGUUACUGCGCAUGGGAAAUUGUCAGAAAUGAGAUUCUCCACACCCUGAAGUUCAUACUGGACGACACCAUGUUAUUCAAGUCUUCAUAA